UGGACCUCAGGCCUGGGCAGAGUGCCCCGUGCAGCCCUCCCCGCCCCACUCCGGAGCUGGCCCUGCCCCUCAGGACCCCAGAUUAGAUUCCCAGCAGCAGGAUUCCCAGUCAACGACUGUGCACUCUGGGGGUCUUGGCAGACACCCCCUCAGGGCUGUUGUCUUCCGUGACCUUUUAAACAAUGUUUAUGGGUGAAUAACAUCUUUCAUAUGCGUUUCUGGGAUGAGCCUGACCCUCCUUGCCAAGUUGACUUGCGGGAUGCCUGCGCAGUUUUGCAGGCUGCCGACCCCCCCCCCCACCCCGUGGGGACCCCCGCAGAGGUGGACGGAGUGGGGGGGCCAGAGCUUAAGGCCUGCAGGCUGAGGGGACCCGGCAUGGGGGGGUGUGUGGGCAGCAGGGAGCCAGGAGGUCACUGAUCCGGCAGAGGAGGAGGGAGAGGCGGGGUCUUGCAGGAGGAGGAUGACCCGCCCUCGCCCCUCCCCCAGCUGCCUCCCCAGGUGACCUCUGUCCUCUCUGACCAAAGUAUCCUCUUUGGGAUUUGGUUACCAUGAGCCACCCUAACGUCACCUCUUCAGGUCUACUGUCCCCUUUCUGACUUUGGGGUCUCACCUCACCUUCUCCAGGAAACCUGCCCAGGCUCUUCCACCGUCCCCAGUAGCAGCCCGGCCUCAUCCCAGGCUUGCAAUGGAUGACUAUGGCCUUUGUCUUAAGCAUGAAGAGGGUUUUGGGGACCAAUCUGCAAGAAGGGGGUUCAACAUCCAGGGAAAACUGUCUUCUCCAAACACGUCAACACCAAGCCAGAGCCCGUAGCUAGAGCACAGGCCACGGGGGUCUGCGUGUGGACCCGCACCUGUGUGGGGGGCGCCCUCGGGAACGGGUCAGCACGAGUCACGCCAGAGCAAGAGUGGGGUCUGCUGGGGUCGGGAAGGAGUCGCAGGGGCCCCACUUGAGGGAACAGCCAGCUCAGCCAGGGCGGGGAGGGAAGGGUCUGACGCAGCCCCUGAAGGAACAGGGCACUGGAGCGUCUGGGCGAGAAGUCUGGGUCUGACGUUGGGAUGUGGGGGACGCCUGGUCGAGGGGGGCUUGGGACAGAGGGCAGGACUGGGCUGAACUUGUCAGUUGUCAUACCCUCCAGGCCUGGGGCAGAGGGACCCCAGACGUCUGUCGAGUGGGGGCAGAAAGGUGGCCAGAGGGAAGGAUCAGGGAGACUCACAGGGGCACGAGGUCCCGAGACACAGGUUUGACUCACGAACACCAGAUGGUGCCCAUGUCUUCGCUGGCACCGAGCCGGGGCGGGGGGAAAGAUCCCAGGUGCCCAGGUGCCCGCCGUUCAGGGAGAGGCUGGCCGCUUUCCUCGGCUCGCCGUUGGGUGCAUCUACUCGCAGGCACAGACUCGUGGGUCUGCGCGCCUUCUUUCAUCCCCAUACACGUUGGGGCUUUGGGGUGCAGACCGCCCCCUGCCUCCAGAGGGGAGGGUGCCGGGUGAGGGCUGGUGGGCGAGGGCCAGACGGCCCCCUGGAGGCCGUGCUUUCUGGGAGGCCUGAGGCAGAGGCUGGAAGAGAGGUCAGGGCUCAGGAGAGGUCUGAGGGUCCUUUGGGGGCAGUGGUGGGUGAAUGGACAGUUUUGGGGAGCCCCGGGGAGUUGAGGUGAGGGGAGCGGGAGGGGGUCCACAGGAUGCCAGAGCCCUAGGGUGGCCAUGGUCUCAGAGGUGCCCUCUCUCAGAAGAAGAGUCCCCAGGUCAGGGCCUUGAGGGAGGUCUAUCUGCAGGCAUCUGGGUUACAUAGGUCCAGCCCAGAGAGGGUCUGUGGGGCCUCCAGGCGGUCCCUGAGCCCAGCCUGGCAGCAUCGGGGGCACCUGGAGCCUUCUGAGAAUGCAGAAUUUGGCCUGUCUUGGGCCCUCUGAACCAGAAGGUGCCCAGACCCAGGCCCCUCACCAUCUCUUCAUGCUGGGGAGCCUGGUAGACGGGUGGUUGGGUGUGGACGGUCAGAGGCUGGUGAGGGCCAGGGAGGGCCCAGGCUGCUAUGGGGCACAUGACCCUUCCCCCCAGCUCAGGCCAGAUGCUAAAGCUUCUUUGGCACCUCUCUCUGGUCCCUGAGCUGUAGUUGUACGGACAGUGGGAAGCAGAGAGUACAGACCGAGUGGUCACUGCCACACGAUCACAGGACUCGGAAUCCCAGAGUGUCUAGGGAGGGAGCCUGGGGCCUGGUAAGGUGGGAGGGCCUUGGAUGUCAGCUCCAGGUAGGAACCCCAUCCUUCCCUCCUCUCCAUGUCCCCUGGGGACCCCAGUAAGUUCGGGGAGACUGACUGAGGUGGGGGGUCCCCUGAUAGGGUUGGGUGACCUGCUGGGGGUACCUGGUAGAGUUGGGGUGACUGGGUCUGACUGGUCCUACCCUCUGCCCCCACCCCAGGACCUGUGCUCCCAGGAGGUGCCGCUGUCCAUGGUGGCUGCCCCCAGCGAUGACCCUCACUGUCCCCAGUGGAGGUCCAACUGCCUGUCCCCCACAGAGGAGCAGGAGUGGGACAAUGGUCAGCCAGAGAGGGCGAUCUUGGAGGAGCCCCUGAAAGACAGACCACUCGAGGAGGAAGCCCUCGUUGACAAAAUCAGGACCAUGUCUGUCUUGGAGAAGAACGUGGUGUUGGACACCAUCCACCACUGCAUCAAGGAGCAAACCCAGCUCAUCGGGAAGGAGGUGGCUGACACCGGCAUCCAGGAGCUCCUGGCGCCCUUGAACCUGGAGCUCAAGCAGCCUUUGGAGAAGACCUUCCUCUUCCACGUUUUUGGGCUGAUCCUCAGAGAGACUGCCGACCAGGAGCUAGUGAGAAGGCACCUGGCGGACCUCCUGGAGCUGUCCCACCAGUCCAGCAGCCAGCGGGAGGGCAUCGCGGAGACCGUCGGCAUCGUGUCUUCCUCACACCUGCAGGCGGUGUGGGCCUUGCUGGAGCACCUGGGCCGCACCAGGUUUCUGAGGACCGCCUUCACGUCCCCGGAGUGCCCGCAGCCAGACCCUGACAGGCACUGGAGGUGGGUCAGCAGCACGUACCUGCUGUGCUACGGGCAGAUGGCCCUGCACACCCGGGAGCAGAUCCUGCCCUGGGUGGACAACGUCAUCUCCAGGAUGGUCUACUACUUCUCCUGCAGCUGCUACGACAACAUCCUGAAAACCAGCUUCCUCUUGGCGGCCAUCAUGCUUACGAAAGCUCUCAGGCAAGAGGACGGCACCCAGAGCUACAAGUUCACUCAGAUACCAGACCUCAUCCAGUGCCUCCUGCGCAUCCUUCAAAAGGAGCCCAACUUCCUGGCCACCCUUUUCCGGCAGAAGGUCAUAUUGGUCAUUGUGAAACUGAGCAGCCUGCGGCCCAGCCUCAAACCCGUGGUGAAGUCCCAGAUCCUGCAGACCUGCCUGCAGACCCUGUUCGUGCUCCCGCCCGGGGAGAGGUUGAAGAGCUGCUUACCUCCGCUAGACUCGGCCCCGGACGUCCUGUGUGGAUGCCUGCCCUAUCUCCUUGGCUUCCCGCACUCACUAGAACCUUCCGCGCCGCGCGGACCGGCACGGGUGGGAGCAGACAUCCUCUUGCCCUGGGUCUCAUGGGGCAGACCCCGCCUCGGUGCCCUGUGGGCCGUGGCUGUGGCUUCCUGUGGGCCCUCAGGCGCUCCCCGUCCGGCUGAGAAGGCGCUGUACAAGAAAUCCAUGCAGGCGCUGGACCUGCUUCUCCAGAGCUUCCUCUCCGAGAACAAGAGCAUGGACGAGAUGUGCUUCCUGCUGCAGCACAUGGAGCCCUGGCUGCUCUCAGACAAGAGCCACGAGCGCAAGCGAGCGGCACAGACCACCUUCCUGCUCCUCCAGUACACGGUGGACUACGUGACGCUCACUGAAGAGGCCACACCCUCCCUGCUGGGCCACCAGCUCGGCCUGCUGGCGCUGCUGUGGCGGGACAAGGACCCAGUGACGCGAAGCCACUCCCGCCAGAGCAUCUACUUGCUUCUGCAGCUUCUGAUCCAGCAGAAGGGGAGCACGGAGCAGUUCAUUCUUCUGAAUAAGAUGAAGAACUUCGAGGCAAAGGCCCACAGGCAGUCAGAGAAGAAGUGCUACAACGUGGUGAAGGCCUUGAACAGGAGCCUGACGGUGGCCCAGCACACGCAGCUCGUCCUCACCCUCGUGGAGAGGCUGGGCAGCCGCAGCCAGCCACAGUGUGACCUGGCCUCGCAGCUGCUCCUGCUGCUCCUGGAGGAAUCCCGCGUCAAGAGAGAGCAGGUGGCCGAGAUCCUGCAGGGCCUGUUUCAGGAGCUGUCCUCUGUCAUGUUCAAGGGCGUCCUGCAGACCAUGAUGAAGGUGGUGACGGUGCUGGGGACUCAGUACACCCAAGAGACUGUCGAGGUGAUACUGUCCCUGUGUCACCCCUCCGAGAGACAGGUCCUACUGCUGUGGAAGGCCCUGGCGGGCAGCUCGAAGCUGGCUCGCAGGGUGCUCACCCUGCUCUACGUGAAGCUGAAGGUGCGGCCCGCCGGGAAGCUCCUCAGGCUCAGCCAGCCAGCGGAGCUCAUCUCCCUGCUGGCCCUGGGCACCAUUUACGAGCUCCUGUACACCCGGGAGUACAAGGCCACCGUGCGCUGGGCCUUUGCGGGCCUCCUGGUGGGCCUCCUCACCCAGCUGCGCUACCUGUUCGAGCUGGGCGCGGCGGACGGCAUCUCGGACUACGAGGAGGACGUCCUGGAGGUGCAGCCCCUCAGCCCCUGCAGGACCUGCCUGGAGGCCCUGAAGGGUCUCUUCUGGACCACCAACUACUGGGAGGUGUUUGCCCACCUCAAGCUGCUGCGAGGCUGGGAGCUCUUCGAGCAUCUGGAAACCUACACAGAGGGAGUAACCCUCUUGGCUAGGGCCAUGGCCCACUAUGACUGUGAGGUCAAGGCUGUCCUGGGGCAGGCAGUCAUCUCCCUGAAGAGCUCCGAGGAACGGGACAACAUCGUGGCCAUUCUCAUCAUCACGGAGUUUCUCAACAGCCAAGAGCUCACCCAGUACGUGUCCCGGAGGACCGUGGACAGCUUCCUGAGCCUGGGUCUCAACCACCCCAACCAGCUGGUGCGGGCCAUGAGCCUGAAGGGCCUCAGCAGCACGCUCAUGCACCCCACGAAGGUGGUGCUGCUCCGUGGGCAGCUGGCCGGGCUGCUGGACCGUUUCGGGAAGCCCGAGCCCAAGGACCUCAUGGGCCUGAUGGAGAUCCUGGGCGACAUCCUGCACCGCCUGGGGACCCAGGGCGUCGGCGCUGCCAGCCUCAAGAUGGCCCAGCACCUGCUGCCGCUGUUCGAGGAUGAGCAGGCCCCGGUGCGGGGAGGAGCCAUCUCGCUGUUCGGAGACGUUCUCCACAGCGGCGGCAGGAAGUACCGGCCGGAGCUCAAGACCGUCGCCUUUCAGGCCCUCGUGCCGCUGCUCCUCCACCUGGCGGACCCCUGCCCCGACGUGGCCACGCACACCAAGCUCACCUUCCUGCGCUGCGCCAUUCUGCUCAAGUGGGAGUUUCGGAAGGAGCUGUUCGGGAAGCUGGCGUGGGGCCACGGCCUGGGCGCCGAGAACGACAUCUUCAUCUACACGGUAAGACGCCAGUGCCCUCCUGGCCACAGGGCAAGGAGGCCAGGGAGGCGGAUGGAGGCCUGCACCCUCGGGGGCCUCUGGGAAUGGGCUUAGGCCCGGCACCCUCUCAGGGGCACCCGGACAGGGCGGGCUUGGCACUGAAAGCCCGUGGGGGGCCUCUGAUUCAGUCCGAGGGCGUGAACCGAGGGCUGGCUCCCUGGGGGCACGGCGGAGCCCACAGCUCAGGUGAGAGGGCCUUCGGGGGUCUGCCCCCAUGAUGCCCCCAGCACAGACCUGGGGAGGACCCCGUCUCUCCCAGAACCCAGGACUCCCCCUCACUCCAUCAACGUCUCCUGCUGAGGAGGGCGGGAAGGAGCUGGACGUGCAUGGGGUGCGCGAACAAGAAACCGCAGCUCUGAUUUCUAGCAGUUGGCUUGUUUCUCAGUUGGCCCCGGGGACCCCUCCCUGCUGCUUGGGGACCACAAUCCAGGCUUCUCCUGGGCUGGGCAGCAAGCAGGCUGUCUCACCUGGCCCCCGCGGGAUCUGGUGGGGGUGUGGGGGUCCGGGGGUCCUGCUGAGGCUGGGAGACGGUGCAUGUUUCCUGGGUAGGGGGGAGGCCGGCAGUCUGGGGGCGAAGCUGCCCAGAGAGAGGGAGGCCGGGCUUCUCAGCGUCUGGAGGACAGUGUCUCCCAUGGGUGCCGCCUCACUGGCGGGGCCGAGGGGAGGAGCCCUCCGCCCAGUGCUUGCGGUGUUGUGGUUUGUGUGCUCGGAUGCGUGGGAACGAUGAGCCGUUUGCGUGCUCCAGGGUGGGAACUCGGUGAGUUACUUGUGUUUUUGCCCAGUUUGUGACUUUGUGACUUUGCUUCCUGUGUCUCUGGUUGUGUGGUUUUGAGUUUUGCAUAGGCAGACGUGUUACUUGGCCGUGGUUUGCACUUGGGUCUGGUGCAGGAAUCCCUCGCUGCUCGGGGACGGCGCUGGUGCCGGGAGCCGCCAAGAGCUAGAUCUGCAGCGGGGAUGGGGGGGGCGGGUUGGCUGUGCCCCCCCAUCUAGCGCAGGGCCAGACUCCCUGCGGGGCCCGUGGGGUGCUGGUGACCCUCUGUGUGCCACAGUUUCUCCCCGUGGCCCCACGCUGUCUUCUCUCCACCUCUGCUCUCCACGCCCGCCUCUGCCUCACCCUCAGCACCCCUGCUGGCACCCAUCCUCCUGCCGCCUCCACUGGUCUGGCCUGGCCGUGGUUCCUGCAUCUGGCUCCCUUCUGGUGAGCUCCUGGUGUCCCCAGAGGUUAUGGUCACCCACUGGGCUGUUACCUGCUCCAAGUGGCUCCCGUCCCUGGAAUUUCGGCGUCAAGUCUUGUUACGGGUGCUUUCUGCCCGUGGCCCAGGGUCUCUUUCCUGCUCUGGUACCCUGUCAUUCCGGAUUGCGGGUCCUUCUCUGUGUGCGCCCCAUUCCAGAGUCCUUCGUACUGUCCCACCGGUAGGACCUGGGACGGAUUUGACGUCUCGGCUCUGAGCUGCCCCGGUUGUGUGGUAUUUGCACGGCUUCCGGUCCUCACACGGGUCCGUGUCGUGCUGCCGCCGCUCAGUUCAGGUGUCUCCUCCUGCUCCUCACUCAGGCCGCGAGAGGCAGAGCCCCUGUCGGCUUCCCUCUGCCUCCCCUUGGAGCCUCCAUGGCCUAGACUUGCAGCGGCGUGUGUGCGAUGCCGGGUGUGUGGGGUGCCCCCCCAUGGACACGGUGCCCGGAGGGGCUUCCAGUUCUGGUUCCAUCCCACCCAUGUCCGCCCGGGGGACCCCUGUCUCGCGCGUGGCGGAAGAGAUGUGGGGAUGUAGAGAUCGCGUGGAAGCCCAAUAGCCGCUUUCCGAGUCUUACUGAUCGCUGAGCUGCUUGUCUGCUACAACAUCCCACGGUUACUAAGUUGCGUUACUAAGUUGCUAAGUUACUAAGUUGCAGUCGUGAACCACAAAGUCUUUCUCCGUUUCUCCGUGUAUUUCAGCAGCUACAGACUUCUUGAGACACGUGUGAGCCUUCGCCACUGGCCUCGGUGGGACCGUGGGGUCCCGCGGCGGCUCAGGUGUUGGGGGAGCGACAGGGUCCCCACUGCCUUCCACUCCACGGCCCUGCCUUCCUGCUCUUCCCCACGGAGGCAUCCCUGGGUUUGCAGGGUUCCCCACAUCCUCACUUUGCAGGAGUUCUGGAGUUUUGCCCAAGAGGAAGCAAUGUCAUCUCGGGCUGGUUGGGUCUGGGGACGCGGUUGUCCCUGGAGUGUGGCUGGGUGGCACGGCCAGGCUUGCUGGUGGCCGGAGCUCCGUCGGCGAGGAUAUGCCAUCUUGGAGCCACUGGCAGUCACUUACUUUUUACUUUUCAAAACUCUGCGCAUUUCCCCAAAUGCUUCAGCUAACGGCCCCGGGCGGGCCCGCACUCCUGUCCUGCUGUGCCGCUGUGCCGCUGUGCUGAUACUUCUGCUGACCCGUGCCUGUGGGAAUUCUGUCACUCUUGAGACACGCGGUGACAGGUGCUCCUGUCGUGAAUCUCCCGGCCCUCCACAUGGCGGCUGUCUCCGCCCUCCGUCCCUGAGGGUGGGCUGCCAGCCUUGUCCCGCUCGGCGGGUUUGGUUCACCAGCCUGAACCACACGCCUGUCACCUCCCGGCUGUGGAAGCUGGUUUCGUGCGGCGUCACUGCCCCCACGUGGUGCCCCCCCUGCAUGGCUGUGUGGGCACCUCCCCUCCUCCCGAGGCCGCCACCUGACCCCAUUUAACGCCAUUGCCUCCAGGGGCCCCAUCUCCAUGGAUGGUCCCGUUCUGGGGUCUUGGAGGUUGGGACUCAGCCUAUCCUUUUGGGGGAAGCAGCCCAGCCUGCCCUGCAGCUCAUGAUGCUUCAGGGAGACAUCAUUGCCACUGUUAGGGGCGUCGCUUCAGUUGUCACACCCGGCUUGUCGUGAACUUGAGUCCUUUCUCUUGUGAGCCCUGCCCCUGGACUCUUUCUUUAGACUUUCUUGCUUUGUGGAGCGUUAGAAUGUUCUAGACCCUUCCCAGGGCUUUUCUUCUGCAAGACAUGGGAACAGCCGCGGCCAGAAAGUCCUGAUGUCUGAGUGGCCAAGGGCAUGAGGACCCAGAGUCCGGCUGAGAGGACUCGCAGCUUUGGGGGACUUGCAGCUUUGGUGGGCGGGCACGGAAGGGGGAGGCUGCUGUCCUUUUCAGGUCACGAGCAGACGCCCAAAUUCCCAGCACGUGGGUUUGUGACCAGAAGAGGAGUCUGGCUGUGGCGGGUUCAGGGGUGGGAGGAGGAGUCUGUGGGCCUCAGGCUGCCUCCUGUCAGGACCUGGAGGUCCCAGCUGACAUCUGUGGAGGGAAGGCAGCUGUGAGGGCCAGCCCAGCCUGCGCGGGGCCGGAGAGGACGGCCAGGCCGGCCAGUAGUGGCCUGGAGGUAGUGCCACUCGGGGAACCCUGGCCUGGCGUGCACACGGCGGGGGCCUGCGACUCUCGGUGGGAAGUGUGGGCCACAGGGUGGCCUUGAGGCUCAGGUAAGGGGCGGGCACACAGCAAAGAGCUGAUUCAAGCCGGCUUAGAUGGUACAACAAACCGGUUUCUAAACCUGGCAAGGCUGCGAGGAGGCGGCCACAGAAGGGCUGGCCUGGGCAGCUGGGCUGUGUGCGUCUCCUGGUGCACCCCCUCAGGGGUGGCGCCUGUCCUGGGCCAGCUCCCUCCUGUGUGGAAGAGCAGCCGCCCAGCCCGUGCCUGGGAGAAUGUGCGAGGCUGGUGGUGAGGCCGCGCCCUGGCCUGGAGCCCAGGAUCCCAGCAGACCUCGCGGCCUCCUCGCGGCGGUGACCCACCCUGUGGCCCUCGCUGGAGCUCUACUGGGAGGGGCACAGGUGGCUUCCGGACGUUCGGGACAGUGUUGGGCGGUGGGGACCACAGGGAAGGUCCCAGACUCCUUGACGCGGGCUCCCACUCGAGGUGGGUGGAAGUAGGAGCUGUUGCCCAGAGCUGGGCCCCGCCAGCCCCUCUCCCCCACCCCUGCAGGAACCAGGUCCCCGGGCCUGGACCCAGACUGAGGUAGGGCCCUUGUCCUUCCAGGCCUGGGACUGCUGGGCUGGCUGGGGCCUCAGGCUGAGCCAGGUCGCAGAGGCGGGGGAGCCACGGGCACCCUUGUCCCC